AUGAACGCUCCCAUGCAGCAGCCCAAUUAUCGUGGCUAUCCACAACAGGCCACUUACCGAUCUCCAGCCACGCCACGCAGACACGGUCCUGUCCCUGGUAUGCCAAUGCAGCAACACACAGCGCAGGCGAUGCCAAAUCCGCAGAUGCUCGGCCAGCGCCAUGCGCCAAAUCCAGUUGAAGCUGCCGUAAGACGAAGUCGAAAGCCGACAGAUAAGAAUCUACCGGACAAUGUUGAGGAAAUUGUGAUUGGGGACGUGGCGCAACAGUACAAACGGCUUCGAGAGAUUGAGAAACGGUUGGACGCGUCUAUGAUCCGGAAGAGACUUGAUAUCUAUGAUUCUGUCAAUAAAAAUGCGAAGAGAUACCGGACAAUGAGGAUAUGGAUAUCUAACACGGUUGAGAGCCAACCGUGGCAACAGCAGGAGUCCAAUUCGGAAAGUUCCAUGGGUACAAAGUUGGGCGCAGGACGGUACAGAGUCAAAAUAGAAGGAAGGCUGCUUGAUGAUGAUGAUGCGGAUCCUACCAUUCCAGAUGAUAGUGAUGAAGAGGACAAGAAUGAAAACCGAGAGCGCGACCCUAACGCGAUGGAGGAGGACACAUCAAGUGCAAAGACCAGCAAACCAGCAUCACAACGGAAGAGACUAUCUCAGUUUUUCAAGUCGAUAACUAUCGACUUUGACAAACCGACCGAAAAUGGAGUCGCUGAUUUGGCCACGAUCACUUGGAAUAAACCCGAAGUACCGGCUGGUGCUGCGGCUUUACCAUCAAGUGCCGAUUUUGACACGCUUGAAUUCUCCCGCGCUGCGGAGGUCAACCUGAACGUGACCAUAAAUCUCGUCAGAGAUGAGUCGCCUGAACGCUUCCAAUUGAGCAAAGAGCUAGCUGCUAUUGUUGAUACCGACAAAGACACUCGUGCGGGAAUUGUAGCUAGAAUAUGGGAAUAUGUAAAAGCGAGUGGACUGCAAGAGAGCGAGGAGAAGCGCACGAUCCAGUGCGACGACCGCCUGAGAGCGAUUUUUGGCUGCGAAAAGAUGUACUUCCCCGCCAUCCCAGAGAGUACCGCAGCACAUACUGCAACUCUCGAGCCUAUCAAGCUACCAUAUACCAUCCGUGUCGACCCUGAAUUCCAAAAGGACCCAAAGCCCACCGUCUAUGACAUUCGGGUCGCAAUUGAUGACCCCCUUCGGGCCAAGCUUAUCUCUCUCACCGGCUCCCCUGAUUUUCCCACUAUGCUCCGCCAUGUGUCCAGCCUAGACGAUCAAGUAGCGCUCGCGAUCCAGGCGCUGCACCACUCGAAGGCAAAACACUCAUUCUACACUGCGAUGAGCAAGGAUCCAGCUAACUUCAUGAAACGGUGGAUAAAUAGCCAGAAACGAGACUUGGAGACGGUGCUCGGGGAGACGCCACGGCCUGGACAGGGCGAUAGAGGCAUGGAGUUCAGACGCGGUGGGCAAGGCAGUGCGUGGGAUACGGCUGUUGCGAGAGAGUCUGUGAGAUAUAUGCUCGCAAAGCCGCCUCGUGCAACGAGGUGCACUUAUGAUAUGCAACCCACACUUCGGUUUUGA